AGUUUCCUCGGUUUCCUUGGUUUCCUUGACGGUCGUUCACGCGAGCAGCAGGCUGCUAGCAGGGCUAGCACUUUACGUUUGUGCACUAGCUUGUUUGCAGACCCAGCGUUCGCACUCGUGCAAUGACGGCCCUUACGUCCUCUCAUCCGGAGCACCUGACGAUGCCGGCUGGUUCGGACGGCAGCGACGACCUCAUGUCGGACUUCGAGGUGCUCUCAGCGAACGACGAGAGCAUCGCGUUUGGACCUGUCGCUGCCAAUGGGCCCCUCGAGAAUCUACAUCUGUCGCUGCCCCACGGUGACGGCACUUCGCUGUCCAGCGCGAGCGAUGACCUCACUCACCAAGAGGCGGAAGAACGCAUUGCCAAAGUGCUUGAGGAGAACGCCAACCUAAAAGAAAAAGUGGCUCGUAGCACAGCCAAGAUACAGCAGCAGUAUGACACUUUUGUGGCAUGGCAAAAGCAGUUCACCAAGGCACAGGACACACUCAAGGCAGAGCUGGCAGACACCUCUCGCAAGCUGGAGGAGAAGUGCUGCUUGGAAGUAGAACUGAGGGAUCUGGUGGAGAAGCUGCAAAAGGCAUGCACCCUGCAUGCAUCGGAACGCCACGCUAUGUCCCUGGCGACCGUAAAGUGGGGUCGUAAAAGUGCCAAUGGCGUUGCUGCCGAAGGACAAACUAUCCCAUCAGACUGCACAGACUUCUAGGACGUGGUUCCUGGACUCUUGCCGAACAAGGACAAUCCUAUGAUG